UAAUACCUAACCGGGAAUUGUCCAGGAAAUAUCGAGGAAAUGCGUAGUGAAUGAUGGUCAUUUCUCAAUUCCUCAGGGAAUUAUAUAUAUUUGUAUGGUAUUAUUAGGAAUUGGGAGAAUUCCUAUUGCUCAGUCCUCGGACACUGCUGUAAGGAAUUCUUCUAUUUUAUGCUUUCUAAUUAUUUUCAAAUAAAGGCGACAAAAAAUACUCGAUCGGAUAAAAUAAAAUCGAGAGACAAAUCUUAUGGAUCUUUAUAUGAAACAAGAACCAUCGGUACGAGAAAGAAGUGAGUAAUCUAAUUUUAUUUAUGUAUCAUUUUGAAAUUUCUUUGUAUUACUAUUUCAGAUGGUCUGCUUUCAAGCCAUCAAGGUGGUUUGUACCUGCAAUUAUCCUUCUUGCUCUUCUUAUUGCUGUAGCUGUUGCCGGAAUUGCUGCUGGUGCUGCGAUUACUUUGAAAAAACCAACGACAACAGGAACAACUACAAUCGCAAUAACUCAAACGACAACUUCGCAAACAACAGUGACACAGACAACAACAACAUCAGUGACAACAACAACAAUAACAACAACAACGUCAGUCACAACGACUACGACAACAACUUCAGUCACGACUACUACAACUACAACAACAACAACAACAACAUCGACAACGUCAGUCACAACGACUACGACAACAACUUCAAUCACGACCACUACAACAACAACAGCGACAACUAUACGACCAGUAAUAUGCCCAUCAGCUGUCUGGCAUCCAAGCGGAACUACAGUUGCUGGAUCAUCUAGUGGCACUCCUGGUUCAACGCCAUCACUAUUACGAGGAGCAUAUGACGUUCUAGUAGAUUCAGCGCUCAAUGUGUAUGUAGCAGACUACUUGAAUUAUCGUUACAUGAACUGGUCCCAAGACAGUACAAACGGAACAGUAAUUGGUCCACAGUCUGGCUUCGGUGGAUCCACAGACACACAGCAUCUGAAUACAGCCACAACUGCAUGUUUCGACUCGACUGAAUCAAAUUUAUACCUAUCAGAUACGUUCAAUUGUCGUAUUCUGAAAUUGAAUAUAGCGUCAGGCAAUAUCACAGUUGUUAUUGGUCCAGGAUGUAGUAAUGCUAUGAACCGGUUCGAUUGGUGUGAUGGACUAUAUGUCGAUCGUCAGUAUCCAUCAUCUUUUUUUAAUUUAAUUUAA